UGGAAAAUAAUCGGAGUUCCAAGAUGGUGGAUUUAGUAGGAAAUUUGCACUAUGUAGUUUGAUGUGCUUUUAACUUAUUUGUAACCGUGUUCACGGUACUUUUAAAAUGACAGAAGGGAAAAUGCAUCUUACUAUACAGAUGCCACCUUCUAGUCGAUCACUUAGACGAGGCAAGGAUGAAAUUCCCGAUUUUUACCCACAAAGAGAUGGACAAAAAGAGGAUGAGCUUACAGAAGACAAUGUCAAACGUGGAUUCAGCAACAUUGGUAUUGGAAGUUUUUCGGCUCAUGAGUGUUCCUCAGCUCGAGAUAAAAUAUCCCAGGUUCCGAUCAGCAAGUUUGCUGCAGCUUUCAAUAACAUUCUUUCCGAGAAGCAAAAGUGCAACACAAUUCAAGAUACAAAAAGAAAACCAUCGGCGCAGAAUAAAGAAUUGUUUUCACCGAUCACUUCAAAGACCAGAGGCUCCUUUUCUGAUUGGCUGCGAGAUCUUGCUGGAAGUAAGCCGCUCACGCUUCUGGCCACUAAAAAAGUUCCAGUUUUUAAUAAGAAAGAAGAACUUUUAAACAGCAUGUGUGAACACAACGUGCCACUUGUCCGCGCUACUUGGUUUAUUAAGAUGACUUCUGCUCAUCAGAUGGCUCUGGUAUCAGAAUCAAGAAAUAAAAAACGGCAAGCGACAGAACCUGCUCAAGAAUGGACGAGCACCAUCACUAAAUAUAUGAAAGACCAAUUAAAUAAACUCAACGACUAUCAUCAACCGUUUUCACGAAUGACUACAGAGAGUGAUGUACCUCAAAAACAGUGGAAUUACAUGAUGCGACUAACGGAUUGGUUAUAUGAGGAAAAUUUGCUGGAUCGUCAAGAGUUUUUCCAAUGGCUGGUGGAGCAAAUGGAUAAGAUAAAAAAUGAUGAUAUUGUCCUGAAACUUAUUCUACCUAUUGUUCUUAGAUAUUUGGACCAAAUCGUACAUUCUCAAGUUCUGUCAAGAACGCUUGCAAUGUAUUGUGCCAGAAAAUUAUCAGUCCUACUUUCUGCUGCCGAGCAAAUGCGUGAUGAACAGAAGCAAAACCAGCUCAAUAAUGCACCGACCGAAAACGAAUCUGCAUCGCCCUCAACGAUUACGACAAAAGGUGCUCUGGAAGGCGUGAAACUCCAACCACCAUUGUUCAGUCAGUACAAGGGUUGUUCUCAACACCAGUCUUUGGUAAGCGGAUUUUCUUGCAUACUUCAAGUGAUCACAAUAUGCUGUCCAGGUGCAUUGAUUUGGAACCCCGUCCUAAUGACGACGUCGAAGCCGGGAUCAUGUAAUGAACAAUCCAAAAGACAUGUACCUGGUUCUGCUUUGGACAAGCUAGCAUUAUCGCCGUCAGAACUUCCUCUUCCUUCAAGUUUUACAUCGCCCGUUAUCAGAAAACAGAUUGAAGACCUUCUUAUAUCAAAAGAAGAAGAAAUAAAAGCUCGAAGUAAGGCUGUUGAAAGAAAAUGGGCUGUAGACAGUAACAGAAAAACUGUUAUGGACGCCAGUAAGGUUCUGGAGAUUUUGGAGUACCUUGACGAGGGGGACCUUCAAAGGCCUGUCAAUGUAGAUCUGCUUUACACCAAAGUCUUUGGCGAGCUGCCAGAAAACUGCCUUAGGGUAUCGGCAAUGGAUCAAGCAGUAACCAUAUUACUUAUACAUUGGGCUACGACUAGCCACCGUGUUGGAAAGUUUAGAGUGAUAGUUGCGACUAGAUUGAUUAAGAAAAGGCUUCAGACGCUUCGUGACCAGGAACAAAAUGAAGUUGCUGACGAACAGGACGAAGCAUCGUCUAAAGUAUCCCAAACAUCUCAGAAUAUUGCGUACUUUCAAAACAUCGCUUUGAAAUACUUGGAUAAUUACGCGCCAAUUUGGGGUGACGACGAAGAAAACGACAGUCGUUUCCGUCAGUUAAUAAUGUUGUAUGGCGAACUUAUACGGUUGGACAUAUUUUCACAUAACUCUUACAUGUGUACCUUGAUAUCACGUGGAGAUCUGGAGCCCGCCUCAGCCAGCCAGAUUGGCUGUGAAACGACGCCGGAUUGCUCAAUGCGAAUGGAUUGCAGAAAUCAAGAAUUUGUGAGUGAGACAGUAAUCGAGGAAAGCCGUCGUUCAUCGGACAGUGCAAGUGAACUAAACAAACAGCAGUUAGAGCUUGAUCACGAAUUGAGGCUUCAUCGUGAGCAAUUACAAAAGCUGUUAUACCAAGAUACAGAGCCUCCUGACGAUGGGCUUGAGUCGCCAUUUGCAACAACAGCUGGAUUCAAAUUUGACGAAUUUCGAAAUGAAAAACCAAGCCAAACUGGCGUUUCUGUGAAAGAACCGUCUGCGAAAACAAGAGGAAAAUCACGGCACGAUCUUUAUGUUAAACAUUUUCCAAUUAUGGGAGAGGAAAAUACUCACGAAUUGAAUCAACGUCUUGUUCUAUUGUAUGGCGUAGGAAAGCCGCGAAACGUUGCGACAAAGUCGAUCAAAGAUUUUGGCAAAGAGCUCGUGGCGUUCGUUAAGGAACUGGGUGAAUUUGAUGGCAAUGAUCUAGAGGAUGAUGCAAUGAAGCAUUUAGUCUAUGCAAAGCAAGCAAUCUACAGGAAAUAUCGCUCAUUUCCAGUAUUUGAUCAAUGCACAUGGGCUUCGAAAUGUUUGACAUCACUAAAGGAUCUAGUGCCGGCCGGUAGUGCCAGUUACGGCAUGUCCGAGUACUAUCCCACGUACUGUCAACUGACUUUUGUAAUCGAUCUCUUCGAUAUGUGUAGCAACAUACCUGACUUACUGGAUUUUCUUGUCGAGCUGCUGGAAACCCGUAAUGAGGUGAAUUAUAAUCCUAACGUGCCUCAGGAAACUUCUGUGUAUGGAACACUGCCCACAAAGUCUUUACUUGUGCUUGCUGCCUUACAAAAACAUAUUGCUGUUCUUCUCUUGGACUCUGAAUUGGCUUUGAAGACAUUUUUUGGGCUACUUCGGACUGUGGAAAAUAUUUCGGAUCCUGCAUUUUGUACGUCGUCAGAAAGAUGUGUUCUUACUUUUCUAUAUCAUUUAUACACUGGCUGUGCCUAUGUUAAAAACAAAUCAUUUCAUAGUUUUGACACUGCUUGCAACAGAAUAAAAGAGACAAUUUGUUAUUCUGCAACGUCCCUGGUACCUCGUGGGCUGCAAUGGGAUUCGUCGCCCAUUCUCGACACAUUCCUGGAGGAUUCGAGGAGGGAGAAGUUGGACGUGAUAUGGAAGCAUAUAAUUUCUCCAGAGAACGUUGUCCAACUUUACAGUGUGGUGUGCAACGCAUUCGUUAAUGUUGCCAUGUGUCAAGAUCGCGAAAGAACGUUGUACGACAUUGGCGUUCUGUGUGCGGAGAUCACUGCACACUUUCGUGGUUUAUCGUCGCAAUGGAUAACUGCUGUCAAGGCUUUAUGUUGUUUGGCUGGCUCUGCCGAUAUUGGAUACAUCGAGCUGCACGAUGAAAUCGAUAUCAACGAAUCGUCGAUGCAUGAGUGUAUAUGUACCUUUAUGUCCAUCUUAAUUUCAAGAAGCUGUUUCUCCCUCGAUGAUCUCAUUGAGUAUGCGUUGUUACCAGCAUUAAAGGCUGCAGUUGAUGAAAAUAAUAAAGUUAUACCGGAAGCUGUGGGUGGCGCUCAACUUACUUGUCAGCUGCUUUACAGAUUACUUGACUGCUUUCAAACCUCGUCCGUCUCACCAUAUCAGGGUGAUAGAUAUUCUUGUGAAACCUCGCCGGACAGUGUUUUGCUCUCUGCUGCACAAAAGAACGUCGAAGUUAAAAUUUUGUUUGCCGUGCUCAAAGCUCUCAUGAAGUUCUCUGAAGCGGAAUACAAAAUAACUGAACCCGAGGGUAGCUUUGGCUAUUUCAACAACAUGGACGAUCUUAUUGACGUUGUACCAGGACAGUCAUCUGAUGUCUUUUCCAUGUCGUCGAAGACAGUCAUAGAAACCACAAAUGUGUGCACAUUUGCCAACAGUGUCGUGCAGAAACUCUGCUCUCAAGAUUGGUUGAAAGAGAAUUGUCUGCGAAACGAAAAAUUUCUCUUCUCGCCUGAAGGUCUUUUAGACCCGGAGAUUUCUGAAGUUCAGGCUAAGAAACUGUUAUACUUCAUGUGUCAUCCUAGCAGUAGUAACCAAAGCUUUGGCGUGAAUGUGGACUCUUUUCCACCAGCGUCUGCCCUGGAGACAGCCAACAAAGUGCUUCAGAACCUUGAUCAAUGGUCGUUUCGCAACUCUGUUUUUGAACUUUCGCUUCUUUUGAAGAGAAGUGAAGACGAGAAAACAGAUGCUAUUGCGGAUUCUGUUUCAUCAGCCUGUAUUAACCUGUUUGUGAAACAAGGUGAUUGCUCAUAUAAAAAAAGCGAUGAAAAGCAAGAAGACUUUGAUAAUGGUCCGGAGUCACUGAUUGAACCGUUGUUGAAGAAAUUGCCCCAGAGCUUGCAUGGACGUCUCCUAAAAGCUGCAUGUAGUCAGGUGCUUGGGGUCAAAGGUUGGUGGAAGGAUCAAAACGGUUACGGAGGGUCAACUCUAAUUCAUACCCAACCCUUCCUUCAACUCAUAUUGUCAUGUUUGCAAACCUUGGAUGAUCAAAGAGAGACUUUAUUACAGUCUUUACUCCGACAGUUUCAAGAUCUUGUUGAAGCUCCAAUUCAGGAUAAUCAUCCUUUGGACCAAAACAGCAAGAAGUUCUUGAAAGAAUCUCUUGAUUUACGUCUUCGUUUAGUAGGAGUUAUGUUUGACUCGAUUGCUAAUCCUAAGAACUUACAUUUGGCUACUGAAUGGACCGUCGUUUUGUUUCACUUGAUCAGCAGUGGCAUUUUAACUAUUGCCAACAGUCAUCAUUACACGAAUAUUCUCGAUAUGCUGUCCGUAUUAAUCAAUUUGAUCAUUUCAACGGAAUCGAGCACGAACCAAGUAGCUGAAGACGGAAGAAAAUUCAGCUCUGGGUUGUUCAAGAAAAUGAAGCGCGUGCUCGUAGAGAACCCACGUGACAUCGACAAUUGCAAGCAGUUGCUUCCAUUUCCUGGCCGCUCGAUUGAAGUUGUUACUGUUGAGAAGCGUCAACAGAAUGAUUUCUCUGUCGUAUCAGAGUCACAGCCCUCUACUUUGGAAAAUGAUGAAACGAGUGAGGGAUUGCAGGUAAAAGGUCGACAAAAGAUAAGUCCUUGGGAGUUGAUUGAAGGAAACAAGAAUCCGGCACCCAUGCUUUUUUCUUGGUUUGGUGCCGUGCGUCUUGAACGCAAACCACUUCCUCACGAGACAGACCUGCCUCGUACUCGUUAUCACAAUUUUGUUCAGCGGAAACCGCUUAGUUACUAUCUCAAUCCUACCGAUGAUUCUGAUGAUGACAGCCUCGAUUUACUUACUGGAUCGCAAUCUCCUGCUUUAAAACUUCAAACUCCUAUUGAACAAAAAGGUUUGGAAAGGCAAUAUAGUUCAAUGGUGAACCUUACUGAAAGUGCGAAACGGGAAAGGUUGGAUAUUGGUGAAAUUGGUCUCGACUCUCUGAUAACUGAUAAUCUUUCAUCUCCAAAAAGACCAAAAACCAUGUCAAGACCUUUAACGCAACUUCACCAACAGCACCCACAACAUUUACAAAUACCAUUGCAAUCCAAGCAACUGCUUCAACGGCAACAAUUUCAGAAACAGCAGCAACAACUAUUACAGCGAAAACAAUUUCAUCAGCAACGCCAACUACAACAGCAACAAUUACAGCAACAACAACAAAUUAUGUCACUAUCGACACUGCAACAGCAACAACCACAAAAUAAAUUGCCACAAGAACAGCAAAGUACUUUCCUGAAUAAGCUGAGUGCUCAGUUUCCCCCUCAUAAUACCGUACAAUCACAAAUUGAUGGUAGGAGGUUUCAGACAACUCAGCCGAGUCAAUUUGCCGGCGUUCCUCAAAAUGUUUUUAUAGCAAAGUCUCAGGGAGAUAAUUUACGUCCACAAAGACCUGGCAUUCCUAUAAUGUCGAACAAAACCCUGGUCAACAAGGCACCUCCAAACGUGAAAGUUCUGCAGAACAGAGGAAGUAUCCAUUUCAACAAUAUCGAUAAUUCUAUGCAACAGAUACUGCAAUCUGGCCAUGGUUUUGCGUUUACAAGUAAUCAAAAUACUCAGCUUAUUAGUCAGUCAGGACUAUCGGCUUCCAAUACAAUUGGUACAGCACUCUCGGCUCCAAACACGUUUGCAACGCAAUCUUUUUCUGCUGCAAACAGCGUUCAGACAUCACAACAGUUGCAAACUCUGGCACAUCAGAAAUCUCUGAAUCAAGAAAGCCUUCAGCAAACUUUCAUGAUGUCACAGCUAAACUCAUCACAAUCAACCACGCCCCUGCAGCAUCCGAGCACUGGAUCAAACUCGCUAAGAAUGAACCCUCUUAUUGCCGUGCAGAAACCUUAUACACAACCUGGUAUCGACUUGAAUAAUAUUUUGCGUCAGAGCGGAGUGUCUUGUUCAAGUCCAGUUACAACUCAAGUAAGUAUUCAACGUCAGAUAUCAGCACCUGCAAAGAUCGCUUUGACAGAACAACUGACGAAUGAUUUGGGUCUGCAAGGACAGAUUUCUCAAGCUCAAAAUUUAAACCAGACAUCUCAAAAUCAACAGUAUCCCAAUUUCCAGCCACCUUUUCACUAAGUGCAUACGGGCUUUUAAUUUGCUCUCAAGGUCCUGAGAGUUCCAUAAAGACAUGUUUCCAUUUAAGAGGUCCAACUUCGCACAACUUGGGUAAUUGCAUGCAUGGAUAUUUUUUGAGAAUUGGACGUUUGUAUAAAGUGUUGCGCGUAAGAAUUCAUGGCUGAGUUUAGAAUAUUAUAAAGCAUAAUUGUACAUAAAUGCCAGGCGUUGUAUGUAGUGUUCAGAGGCAAUGAAAACAAUGUUAAAAAUUUUGUGUGACAGUCAUAAA